AUGGCACCUUCAUCGGAUCGUAGGGCACAACGAAAUCGUAGCCGUGACCCUACUUGGAUUCCUAGACCCCGCAAUGCCUUUAUCAUCUUUCGUUGCAACUACACCCGCAAACACGCUGUUCGGAACUCGCAGGAAUUGGACGAACAAUCUCUCACUCAAACGCUCUCGAGACGUGCCGGAGAGGCGUGGAAGAAACUGCCCACUCCCGAGAAAGACAAGUAUAAGCGUCUCGCUGAUAGAGAGAGGGAGGAGCAUGCUCGCCUUUAUCCUCAUUACCGGUUCCGUCCUAUGCGGAGGCAAACC